CAUCAGCCAUGCCAGUGAAGAUCCACGUGAACAGCCCUCAUGUGCGGUAUACAGACACUCACAUUGAGGCGGACUAUGUCUACCAGAGCACAGCUGUCCAUAGAGAAGGGGACUACAUCACGGUAACCCCACACAACACCCAGAUGACCUUCCGGACGCAGAGCCAUGUGCCUAGGCUCGGAGUGAUGCUGGUGGGCUGGGGCGGCAACAAUGGCACCACUGUCACUGCUGCGGUACUCGCCAACAAACUGCAGCUAACAUGGAGAACCAAGACUGGUGUCAAGAAUGCAAACUACUACGGCUCCCUGUUGCAGUCCUCGACUGUCUGUCUGGGGUCAAGCCCACAAGGCGACAUCAACAUACCCUUCUGUGAUUUGUUACCUAUGGUGCAUCCAAAUGAUAUUGUCUUUGAUGGCUGGGAUAUUUCCUCCUCGGAUCUGGGGAGUGCGAUGGAGCGAGCCGAGGUGCUAGACUGGGCCUUACAGGAGCAGCUAUUUCCACACAUGAGCCGAAUGAAACCCAGAAAGUCCAUUUAUUAUCCAGAUUUCAUCGCUGCUAACCAAGAGAGCCGAGCUGAUAAUGUCCUCACCGGUACUAUAGCAGAGCAGAUGGAGCAGAUCCGAGCUGAUAUCCGAGACUUCCGCAGCUCCAGUUGUGUGGACAAAGUCAUUGUGUUGUGGACGGCUAAUACAGAGCGCUUCUGUGAUGUCACCCCAGGACUUAAUGACACUGCAGAGAAUCUAUUAGCAGCCAUCGAGGCUGGAGCAGAGGUGUCCCCCUCCACCCUGUUUGCUGUGGCCAGUAUCCUAGAGGGCUGUGCCUUCAUCAAUGGCUCCCCACAGAACACCUUUGUCCCUGGGGCCGUAGACCUUGCUGUGCAGAGGGGAGUCUUCAUCGGAGGAGACGACUUUAAAUCAGGACAGACUAAGCUCAAGUCAGUGCUGGUGGACUUCCUGGUCAGCUCUGGCAUCAAGCCCACCUCAAUCGUCAGCUACAAUCACCUGGGCAACAAUGAUGGCAAGAACCUGUCGGCUCCGCAGCAGUUUCGCUCCAAAGAGAUCUCUAAGAGCAACGUGGUGGAUGACAUGGUGCAGUCCAACCAUGUCCUGUACCAGCCUGGAGAGAAGCCCGACCACUGUGUGGUGAUAAAGUAUGUCCCGUAUGUGGGGGACAGUAAACGUGCGAUGGACGAGUACACGUCUGAAAUCAUGAUGGGAGGGACCAACACUAUAGCGCUGCAUAACACCUGUGAGGACUCAUUACUGGCCAGCCCCAUCAUCCUGGACUUGGUGGUCCUGACGGAGCUGUGCCAGCGCGUGAGUGUGCGUGUGCAGGGAGAGCAGGAGUACCAGUCCUUUCACAGUGUACUGGCUCUGCUUGCCUUCCUCUGCAAGGCCCCUCUAGUACCACCAGGGGCGCCAGUGGUCAAUGCGUUCUUCAGGCAGAGGGCGUGCAUUGAAAAUAUCAUGAGAGCUUGUCUUGGACUUCCACCCCAAAAUCACAUGUUGUUGGAGCAUAAGCUGCAGAAGGGUUUUGUCCCUCAGAAAAAGAAGGAGAAGUUUCUUUAUCUUAAUGGGGCAUCUCACUGUGUCAAUGGAGAGACAGGUCUCAAUGGGGAAGCGCACACCAAUGGACAUAGUCACGUGAACGGCUACUCCUAA